GGGCUCUGUGAGCCCGAAUCUCACCUCGGGGUUGCAAUCCAGCAACAGCAUUUCCCGCCUAAGGCAGAUGACAAGAGUCCUUGGAAGUGCAGACCGGUAGGACACUCGCCGCACGUCGACAGCCUAGGCCAACCUGGACUCCUUCACCCCAAAUGAGGUGACCUCUACAUUUUAUAUGAAGACACUGAUUUACCAUUCAACGGUGAUCCAUCUUAUAACAUGGCAAUCCAAUACAGACAGGAAGAUAAAACUGAACAACACAGCUAAAAUAAAGUGUAUUCCCAGAAUACACAUUGCGGAAAAAGGAUGAAGUUGACCAGUGAAAAGUUGCCCAAGAACCCCUUUUAUGCCUCUAUAUCUCAGUAUGCUGCUAAAAACCAAAAAUUCUUCCAGUGGAAAAAGGAAAAGACUGAUUACACCCAUGCUAAUUUGGUGGAUAAGGCAUUGCAGCUCUUGAAGGAAAGAAUACUGAAAGGAGACACUCUGGCAUAUUUCCUACGAGGUCAACUAUAUUUUGAAGAGGGAUGGUAUGAAGAAGCAUUAGAACAGUUUGAAGAAAUCAAGGAGAAAGACCAUCAAGCAACUUACCAGCUAGGAGUGAUGUACUAUGAUGGGCUGGGGACCACUCUAGACGCUGAGAAAGGGGUGGACUAUAUGAAGAAAAUUCUUGAUUCUCCAUGUCCCAAAGCAAGACACUUAAAAUUUGCAGCUGCUUACAACCUCGGAAGAGCUUAUUAUGAAGGAAAAGGUGUUAAACGAUCAAAUGAGGAAGCUGAAAGACUGUGGCUUAUCGCAGCAGACAAUGGAAAUCCCAAAGCUAGUGUGAAGGCUCAAAGUAUGCUUGGGCUGUAUUACUCAACCAAGGAGCCCAAGGAGUUAGAAAAGGCAUUUUACUGGCAUUCCGAAGCAUGCGGCAAUGGGAAUCUGGAGUCCCAGGGUGCACUUGGGCUCAUGUACUUGUAUGGACAAGGCAUCCGGCAGGAUACGGAAGCUGCCCUGCAGUGCUUAAGAGAAGCAGCAGAACGCGGAAACGUCUAUGCUCAAGGGAAUCUCGUGGAGUAUUACUAUAAGAUGAAAUUUUUUACAAAGUGUGUUGCAUUUUCCAAAAGGAUCGCUGACUAUGAUGAGGUUCACGACAUCCCCAUGAUCGCCCAGGUCACAGACUGUCUCCCGGAGUUCAUCGGCAGAGGCAUGGCAAUGGCAUCCUUCUACCACGCAAGGUGUCUUCAGCUUGGCUUGGGCACCACCAGGGAUGAAACAACUGCUAAACACUAUUAUUCUAAAGCUUGUCGUCUGAAUCCCGCAUUGGCAGAUGAACUUCACUCCUUACUUAUUCGUCAAAGAAUUUAGACUACAAUGUAUUUCAACAGAGAUCAUCAAUGCUAACACCUCACAAUGUGUGUAUUUUUACAGUAGCUAUGUUUGGUUAUUUUUGCACAUCACAAAUUACACUAUCCUGGGUAUUUUA